AUGGCAGCUUUGCCGACGGUGUACUGUCAGUUCUUCGAGUGUCACGACGAUCCUUCAUAUGAUCCUCAGGAGGGUCCUCUAUCAGAAUUGCAGUUCACGUGGCUUGGAGCACUGCAGUAUAUUCAUGGUAAUGUAGCUUUCGGUGAUUACGAGCGGGACGAGACAGAAUGCCGAGUGUCUUUCGAGGAGAUGGCCCACGGAGCGGAGUGCGACCCGGCGGUGCUGCUGAUGCCCAUAGCUGACGUGUUGCUGCACCCCGAGUACAAGCACUUCGGAGCUAAGAACAGCCUCGCCAUAUUAAAACUUAUUACGCCCAUCAAAUCGAAUAUAACUAAAGUGAAUCGGUUAGCAGCAAAAGAAAUUAAGAUUGAAAAAGAAAAACCAUUAUCUGUUUUCAUGAUACCAUCGCUUGUAGAAAACUUCAAGGAAUUGAAUAUUGAAAGGAGUUCCAAAGGAGAACGAUUCCAAACAACUAAAAGCGAUUUCAGUAUACUCUGGCUUAAUGAAAAAAAAUCCCCGUCCAAAUUAGCGGACUUACAAUCGCUAUAA